AACGGAUUCGAGAGCCGUGAUUGGCAUCAACGUUGGCUGGUCGUUGGCGCGAGGGAUUUGUGGGAGGAGCUUGGGUGACAUGGGAAGGAUAGGCAGUCAUGCUCCACCCACCCACCGUGUGCGCAACCGCUUCGAGGUCCUUUUUUAAUAAUUUUUUAACUCACUCCAAUUUUAAUCACUCUUGGGCGACGUAGAUAAGUAGUGGCACGGCGAAACGCACUCAUUCUUGCUACGUGCCUACGUGCUGGAGUGAAAGUGAACAAUGCACAGUGUGAAUAAUAAUGAAUAAUAGCAAUAACUGCAAUUUAAAAAUAUAACAGUUUCUGUCGCUCUUAAAAAAUAUAUUAUUUACUCUCGUUUUUUUAAGUCGUUUAGGGUUCAUUGAUCUCAAGCGUUUUUGUGAAGUAGUGUUUUCUAGAACUUUUGAAAUGUGACCUGAGGCCGGCUUUUCACCUUUUCAAGUGAGUUGACCUUUUGUUUAGUAACUCUGUGAAGAAAAUUAUUUUCACGACUUCGCCUCUUUUUCCGUCUUCGUUUUCUGCUCACAACCUUCGAAAACGACAGUCACGAAAGGGCACAGAAGCAAUGAGGGCGUGAUUUUGAGUCGUCGUGUCGAAUUCCACAUCCAUAAAUAAGUUUCGGCACUCUGGUGACACCCACCCCUUAUCUACUUUACAGUUUUGAAAAACUGCGGUUAUACCAGUGUAGCAAAAAUGGACUCUGACCUACGGAACAUGGUGAUGUCUUUCCGAGUAACGGAACUUCAAACGUUGUUAGCUUACGCUGGGAAGAAUAGAAGUGGUCGCAAGAAUGAGCUGCAAGCAAGGUCUUUGGAACUGGUUAAGAACAAAUCCUCCCCAAUAGUAUCAAAGAUAAAAGAGUUGUACAGAUCAACCCAGCAAACAAUGAGUAUGGCUGGACAAACUUCGGGAAAUAUGGCUAAUUCAUAUGCCAUGUCCAAUGGUAUCCCCCACACUCAAACUAGGCUGUAUACAACUUCAUCAGCUUUUGGCGGAGCAUCGGACAAAGUUCUGCAGGGUAUUACAUCUGCGUUUAUGUUCAAUGCUCAAAAAUCCCAACCACAAAUUUCAAUGCCAAUAUGUCCAGACGUUAAGAUGAAACGUUUACCAUUUUAUGAUGUAACGAGCGAACUGAUCAAACCAAGCAGCUUAAUGCCGCAAGCAAUGAACAGAUCACAAGAAGCAAGUUUUCCAUUUUGUUUGACACCACAACAGGCGUCUGAUAUUAGCGAAUCAAGAGAAUAUGUUGCCGGCACUUUGGGAGAUCAAAAACUACAAUACACGGUUCAAGUUCAAUUACGAUUCUGCUCCUUGGACACAUCAUCUAAAGAGCAAGACGACCAAUUUCCUCCUAACCUGGUCGUAAAAGUGAACUCAAAAGUAGUUCCACUUCCUCAUCCUAUUCCGAGUAAUCGUCCUGGAGUCGAGCCAAAACGUCCAUCAAGACCGUUGAACAUAACAAGUUUUGUUCGUUUAAGUCCGACGACAACAAACACAAUUACCGUUGGAUGGGCAUCUGAUAGCUCUCGUGGUUACGCAUUAUGCGUCUAUUUGGUUAAAAAAAUGACAUCUUUGGACUUGCUCACACGUUUGAAGCAAAAAGGCCCUCGACCUGCAGAUUACUCCAGAGGACUGAUUAAAGAACUAUGUGCGAAAGACGACGGAGAUUGUAUGGUAGCAAUGUCGUCUCUGAAAGUCUCGAUAGCAUGUCCUCUGGGAAAGUGUCGCAUGAGUCUACCUUGCAGAGCAACUACUUGCAAACAUUUACAAUGUUUUGAUGCUAACUUGUUCUUGCAAAUGAAUGAAAGAAAGCCUAGUUGGGUUUGUCCAGUUUGUGAUAAGCCGACCUUAUUUGAAGACUUAAGUAUUGAUGGGUAUUUCCAAGAGGUUAUCAGUAAAAUGUCCAAUAGUGAAAGCAUGGACGUCGAAUUAUUGCCAGACGGAUCAUGGAAAACAAUGUCAAUAAAACUAAAAAAAGAAAAGGAGGAGUGUAGUCCUCCAACAAAGAAAAUGAAACCCGAUUCUUCAAAAAUGAAUCAGACCAUUAAUCUUGAUGAUGAUGAUGUUGAAGAGAGUAUUCCUGUUCCCAAGUGUGAACCUAAUGUGACUGUGCCCCCACCUCAGACUGAAUCACGAAAGGAAAAAGAUAGCGGCCCGGCUGUUUGCAUUGACUUGACACUCUCUAGCGACGAGGAAAGUGAUGACAUACCUGUUAUCAGACCAAGACGGAAAACUGGAAAGAAGCCGAAUUACGUGAUAGAGGACGACUCUUCUAGCUCUAGUAGUUCGGGUUCAACCACUGAUGGAUCUCAAGGUGCAAAUAACGCAGUUCCUAGUCCAGUUGCACCAUCCAGUCCCGCUUGCAUUACUUUAGAUAGUCGCAGUCCAUCCCCUGCAGACCCCCCACCGUCAAGAAGUGAAACAAGCAACCACCACAGUACUACUGGAUCAUCUUCGUCAGCUUCUACCAAUAGGUGCGGCGGAUCGUUUUCGUCAAUAAGCCGGAAUUCUAUGUCAGUUUCGUCAUCAUCUGCUGCUGCUGUGACAACAUCACGCACCGAUGUCAGAACAUUCGAUUAUGGUCAUACUGCACUUGGGCAAUCAAGUGGAUAUGCCAGAAGUAACACGACAUCACAACCAGUGUCAGUGUCCCCAAACCUCUUUGCUCCUAGUGGAGCCGGAUAUUUGCCAUACGAUGGCCAAAAUAUCUGGGGGUCAUCCGGGUCAAACUCCGGCAGUUUUCAGAAUCCGUAUCCAGCCCCGGAUUUCAGUCAACUGGAAUACAACCCUCUGGAUUAUUUUAAUUAUGACUCUAGAGGUAAUAAUAAUGGAUAUCGUUGGCCAUAAUUUUAUAUCGUAUAUAUUUUUGAUCAAGAACGUACUAUGUAGAAUCUUUCACAAAUCCCUUUUGCACACACAAUGUAAAAUUUAAUUAAUCGCUUCUUUUGCGGAGCCCUUUCCCUGUUUAAUGGGUGAGUUAGUUAAGUGAAUAUUUAUUUAUUUUUAAUUAUGGGACGUUCAUUAAAUGAACAGUACAAAUUCGCAGUAAUAAUCUUAUAAUAAUAACUCCUUAAUAAGUUUAAUUAUUGAGUGUUACAAUGAUAUUCUAAAUUAAUAAUCAAUGUAUUGCCUUGCAAUCCUUUCUUGUAUCUUUUGUAUGAUUUGUAUUCUUUUUUACAAGAAGAACAACUUACAGUGUUAUUGCUAAGAUUAAUAAUAAUAAUAACAAGAGUACGCUUCUACCAAAAACCCACUGAUCAUUAUGUAUUAUCAUUAUCGUUUGAUAAGUAUUUAUAUUUGUCAAGUAUUUUGAAUGCAUUACUGUAUACACUCGUUGAAAAUCUUGUGGGAAUGACUGAACAAAUCUCAAAUUAAUUAUUAAGCGUAUAGAUAACAUGUGGUUUACUUUUCCUCAACUCAACCAAUAAAGGAUAGUAAUGCGAGCAUGCUUGGCUGACCACAUUGGAGUAAGUUUUAUGCUCCAAAAAUAUGUCAGUUGCAUUCUCCAAAUAUUUUUUUACACGUACAAAUAAAGCGAUUCGUGCAUUAAAAUUUUAAAAUUUCCGAAAAGGUAUUGCCAACGGUCUAAUUCAGUAAUUCUACAAAAUCUAAGGCAUGCGAUUCCCGUUUUGGUUAGUGGUGCAAAUCAUUUGACACGGAGAUAAGUGGCCAUAAAUUUGACCAAUUUAUCAUUUCAGAAAUUUUGAAAGUUUUAAUGCACGAAUCGAUUAUUUGUAUAUGAAAAACAUUUGACAAAUGCAAUUAGUUUUUGGGAGCAUAGUAUAAUGCCAAAACUAUUUUCUCAGAAAUUCCGAAACUCGCCCACAGUUCUAUAAAAAAUUAUUUUCCAAAACCAGUUGCAGAAAGUGUACAUAUUUGGUCAAUGUAUUUGUUCAGUGUACGAUGUUUGAGCUAAAUCGGGAAUAUCGAUGAGCAUAGGACAAAUGUAGUUGAGAAAAAGUGAACCAUGUACGUAUUCUUUACAAUGAACUGACUGACUGAGAAUUUAUUUAUACUAAAAAAAUCUACCUCAAAAGUUUCUAAUAAAAUAAGACAAGACAUUAUUCCAAAAA